AUGAACUGUUCAAAUCCUAGUCAUGUUGAAUCAAAUAUGCCAACAACAGGAAGAUUUGAAUGGAUUGAUGAUAAGAAUGAACUAAUUUUUAUUAAAUUUCCAAAUCAAAAGUCACAAAAAUUCAUUCAUUCACGAAAGAAUCCACAUAAGAAAAUCCUAAUGAAGAGUCAAAGUGAAAUUCAAAUGAUUACUAUACAAGAUGUAAAAUCUAUUGCAUUAACGAAACUACGAUCCUCAGGAAAGCAUUUCCAUUAUUCACAACACUUUGCUCAAAUGAUUAGAUCACCAGAAUGUGAUAAACUACUGACAACUUUGGCAAAAUACUUAGACUGUUAUUUCAAGAUACUGAAGUUUAAAGAAAAAUUCUCUAGCGAGAAGUUGUUACCCAAUAGAAAUCAAUUAGAAGAACAAGAAGAAUUAAACAUUCAGAUUGAAACAUUGAAAUAUAAAUUUUCGCUUGCAUAUGCAAAAUUUUUACUAUAUGAACGAAAUGAAAUGCACACAAUUAAUCCAAGACCAAUCGAUCCAGUGAUAUAUGCAAAAAUGGAUCAAAACUUAUAUGAGACAUUUUUCUGGUUUUUUGUUUUCUGUAUGUGGAUAACAUUUCGACGUGCAAGAUUUAAAGAGAUCUGUACUCAAAUUGGAUGGUUUACAAGAUCAGAAAUGUUCAACUCAUUAGGACGACAAGGAGCCUCAUUUUUUGGGCAAAAAGAAGCCAAUAAUAAAAAUACCAGUAAAAUAUACCAAACACAUUUACCUCGUGCAUCAAUGCUCAAUAAAUGUUCACCUGCUUUGCGGCUUUUAUUACCUGAUAUAGAACAGAAUAUUUUAAAGAUCCACCUUAAUAGGGAUAUCAAAAAACCAAGAGAGACACAAAAAGUAAUUGAAAUCUGCUCAGUUGAUGGAGAUGAAAGGAUAGGUAUUUUGGGAGAUUAUCGACAUCUAUAUGACGAUCAACUUAUAUUGAACAAACAGAUUAUUGAAAGCGAUCAGAUAAAGAGUGACGAUCAAAAUGAGAACAAUGAUGAAAUCGAACAAGAAGAAACUGAUGGACACAGUGAAUAA